UAGUUUCGCAACUCACGAGAUUUUUUAUUGUUUUAUUUUGAAUUUAUUAAAACACAACAAUGUGCGAUUCGAUUAAAUUAUCUAUUUAAAAUUUACUGUAAUCGGUGCCGUUAAAACAUCGAGAUGAAUGAUUUAAGUAAAAUGGACCUGGUCAAGUAUUUCGAUGACGAACGAAAAACCCUUCCUGUUGCUCUACAAAAGGAUAAAAUUUGCGCCUUGAUUAAAAAAUAUGAAACGCUCAUCAUCAUUGGUGAAACAGGAAGCGGUAAAACGACUCAGAUCCCUCAGAUCGUUUACGAAAACAUAUUACGACAGGACGAAGAUGUAGUAGUUACCCAACCAAGGCGUGUGGCAGCGAUAUCGUUGGCCGAACGUGUGUCAUUCGAAGUGAACACUGAAAUUGGUGAUUUGGUUGGUUAUAGAGUCAGAUUCAUUGACAAGACCAAUCACUUCACCAGAAUAAAAUUUAUGACCGACGGUAUGCUAAUGCGUACAGCCAUAUUGGAAAAGAGUUUGUCAGCGUAUGGAUGUGUUAUUCUUGAUGAAGCUCAUGAACGUACCGUGAAUACAGAUUUGCUUUUCGGCAUUGUCAAAAAAGUCCAACGCUCUCGUAAACACAGUUCAAACCCUCUUAAAGUAAUUGUCAUGUCUGCAACUAUGAAUGCUGAUUUAUUUGCUGAUUAUUUUGGCAAUGCUCAGAUUGUCUACUUGCAGGGUAGGCUUCAUGAUAUUAAUAUAUUUCACGCAAAGAAAAAUGUUGAGGAUUAUUUUCAUGACACUUUAGUAACCAUAUUCCAGUUACACAAGGAGGCACCAGCACGUCAUGACUUUUUAGUAUUUCUUACUGGCCAAGAGGAAAUAGAAAAUAUGGCCCUUGCUAUUGAACAUAUUAAUCAAGAUCCUGCAUUAAGAAAUUAUCCUGUCAUAAAGGUACGGACAUUAUAUGCAUCUUUGCCUACCAAUGAACAACUCAAGGUGUUUAUGUCGUUAGAACCAAAUGAAUUUGCUAGAAAAAUCAUUCUGAGUACAAAUAUUGCAGAAACAUCAGUUACAUUAACUGGUAUUAAAUAUGUGAUUGAUAGUGGUAAAGUCAAAGUUCGAUGUUUUCAUCCUGAAACUUCAAUGGAUGCCCUAAAGAUUGAAAAUAUCUCUCAAGCUCAAGCUGAACAAAGAGCAGGUCGUGCUGGUCGUGAAUCAGAUGGCUUUUGUUAUAGGAUGUAUUCGAAAAAACAAUAUGAUGAAAUGACCAAAGAUCCUGUACCAGAAAUUCAAAGAUGUAAUCUAGGUAAUGUAGUUUUACAAAUAUUGGCCAUGAAUAUGGAUCCCCAUAAAUUUGACUUCAUUAACAAGCCAUCAACAAAUGCAAUUGAUCAGGCUUAUAAAAUGUUAGGAAAUCUAGGUGCCACAAAAAACAGUAUUUUAACUGAAAUGGGUCAUAAAAUGACUAAAUUUCCUCUAGAUCCAAGAUACUCAAAAAUAAUAUUAUCAUCAGUUAACUAUGGUUGUUUGGAAGAUAUCAUAAACAUUGUAUCCAUACUCUCUACCGAUUCUAUUUUUGUAUCUAGUCUAUCAGAGAAAAAAAAGAAACAAGCUGAGGAAGCCCACUCAAAAUUUAAAUCAUCUGUUAGUGAUCAUAUUAUGUUAUUAAAAACUUUUCGUUCUUACAGAAAAGUAAGAAAAGAAGUAAAGUCCAAUUGGUGUGACGACAAUUUUCUUAAUAUCCGUAAUUUAGAAUACGCUGACCGUGCUCGUGAUCAAUUACUUGAUAUUUGUAGGUAUUUACAUUUACCAAUUGGUCAAUCUUGUGGUGAAAAUUUUGAUCUUAUCAGGAAAUGUCUGUUAACUGGAUUUUUUGAAAAUUUGGCAUAUAUUAAUCAGGAAAAAAAAUAUGUAACAGUUAACGCCAAGAAAGAAUGUAAAAUUCAUCCAACCUCGACACUGUUUCAUUCAUAUCCCCAUUGUGUACUAUAUACAGAGAUCAUAGAGACUAGUCAGGCUUAUAUGAGGUAUGUGACGGUGAUUGACAAAGAAUGGUUGUUGGACAUUGUACCUAAUUUUCACCAAAGACAUAAUUAUCAAGUUUUAAUGAACAGUGAAGUAUAGUAGGAUAAGCACUAUUUUCUAGGGGUUUACCCUAUAGUGUAUAUAUUUGUAAUAAUAAAAAUAAUGGGACAAAUGUCUAUGCCUGUAAAUUGAUAAAUUUGUUAUUUUUGU